AUGGAUUCGGAAAUUCUGAAUUGCAGUGAGAAGACUUACAUGCAUCGUCCCCCAUCCUCGGUGGAGGAAGUAUCGACUAUUGUGAAAAUUCUGUCGGCAUCAGCAAACUCUACCUUCUCAAUCCGCUCUGGGGGCCAUUCGCCUAAUUCGGGAGCUGCCAAUGCUAAAUGGGGCGUGACAAUCGACCUCCGGGGCCUGAACAGUAUUGAUAUAAACAGUGAUAUAUACAACUUGCAGGUUGGAACCGGGUUGACUUGGAAUGAAGUAUACCAAGCAGUUGAUGGAUAUGAUCGGGUGGUGAUAGGAGGUCGGACUGGGUCUGUGGGUGUGGGUGGUCUCAUCACCGGCGGAGGCAUAUCAGCGUUCUCCCCGGUGUAUGGAUUUGCCCGCGACAACGUGCUCAACAUGGAAGUCGUUCUUGCCUCCGGCGAGAGCGUAAACGCCAACGCGAGCCACCAUGCGGAUCUCUUCGCUGCGCUCAAGGGUGGCCAGAACAACUUCGGGAUCUACGAUAUCUCCACCGUCGAGGAGCAAUUGGCGGCGUUCACGGCCUUCAAGAACCCCGCCAAUUUCGACCCCUUCGCCGAGAUCAAACAGAGCUAUCUGUACUACGGUGCCGAGGAUCAGGGAUCCGUCUCCAACAUUAUGUACUAUUCGAAUGCAUCAGCUGCCAUGGCCUCUUUGCAGCGGUUUACGGACAUCAAGCCACAGGCGCUGAACACGAUGCGCAUUUCCAAUAGCACGGAUUUCAGUGCAGAGCUUACACGCUACCAGCCUAUGGACCAAUAUGCCGUUCACGCAACGGCAACCUUUCGGGUCUCGCCCACCAUCCUCAAGAAGGUGUACGACGCGUGGAACGCGACCAACUUGAGCAUUGCGGGGGAUGUUCUGAACCUGACCAGCGUGCUCGUCUAUCAGUCCAUCCCUGCGUUGCAGCCGGCAUCGGCAUCGCCAAACAGCCUCGGGAUUCCGCCGGACAGCCAUCCGGAACGGAAUCAGGUUCUCUGCCUCGUGUCCCUCUAUUGGCCACUGGAGAAAGACUCUCAGCUUGUCCAGCAAGCGACCCAGUCCAUUAUCAGGGCAGUGGAUGCGCUGACCGCGGAGGAGGGUGUUCAAGUGCCAUACCGGUACUUGAAUUACGCGGCCUCCUGGCAAAGCCCGAUCGGCAGUUACGGUCCGGCCAGCGUGGAAGUGUUGGGUGUCUUUCGGCGUAAUGUGCCAGGAGGCCUUAAGCUUUUUGACUAG